AUGAGAGCUUGUUUCAUUCUCGUGGCUCUGCUUUACUUCUGUGGGCUCGGCCUCUGUCAAGAAUGUGUGCGAGAGCUGCUGGAGAAUGUGGAUUUCCCAGGAACAGACUUGACUCAGCUGUACUCCCCUGAUGUAAACCACUGUCAGCUGCUGUGCACCAAGCACCCGUCCUGCCUCUUCUUCACCUUCGUACGAGCAGACUGGACCCGAGAUAAUAGGCAUUUCUACUGUUACCUCAAGUCCACUCCCUCUGGGCAGCCCAAUUCUCAGAGUCCAGUUUUGGGUGUCACCUCUGGCUAUUCCCUCAAGCCCUGUGGUCCACAGUCUAACCCUUGUCUGUCUCAGGUGUACCAGAACAUGGACUUCCCUGGGGCAGACUACCGAAGCCUGUUCACAGCAGACUAUGAGGAGUGUCAGAGAGCCUGCACAAAUGACCCUUUCUGUCAGUUCUUCACUUUUGUCAGUGGAACCUACACAGAAAAACCUACCAGAUACAAGUGUUACCUGAAAUUCAGUUGGACAAUACCCGUGAUUCCUAAUAUAGUGGCGAGACCUAUGGUGGUGUCUGGAUUCUCACACUCUUUGAACAUAGCUACAAAUUCUGACAGAGUGUGUCAGCCCAAGUUUUUCCCAAAUACCAACAUCCAAGGAAAUGACAUGGAGGCACUGCUUGCCGGCUCUGCUGAGCAUUGUCUUAGCCUGUGCUCUGCUCAUCCACGCUGCACCUACUUCUCUUACGUUACCUCUGAUGGCAGUGACAGAUUCCAUUGCUACUUGAAGAACAACCCAGAUCAAAUGAUGACUGAAGCCAUGGAUGAUGUCAUAUCUGGGAUACCAGCACGCUUUUGUCAGCUAGACAACUGGUUGAAGACUGCUCUUGAAGGAGUAGAUUUCCCAGGGAUGGAUAUCCGCUACGUGAUGCUGGACGACCCAGAGACCUGCCAGACGACAUGCAGUCAAGAUCCCCACUGCCAGUACUAUACCUACGUCUCCGAGAACUUCCAAAGCUCUAUGUAUAGGCGUCGCUGCUACCUCAAGCGUUUCAUCACCAUGCCUAUGCCUCCCAAAGUUACCAAAGUGGCCAACGCCGUGUGUGGAUUCUCCCUGAGGAACUGCCAGACGGGGCUCAAAUGAUACAGGGAAACCUGAUUUCAGGGCAAAGAGCACGUGUGAUCUAAUAAAGAGAUUCAGG